CAGCCAAAACAAGAAACAAAAAGACAACCCAGUUAGAUAUCCAACAUAUAUUUUGGCUUACACCCAAACUAUCAGCAGAUAUCACUUCAUCAACAACUGGUUUGCACUUUACAGUAAUUCCUCCUCCUCCUCCUUCUUCCUCUCUCUGCAACUACAACAAGAGUUUAACCUCCAUAAAUGGAUUCUCUCAUCUCCAUCUUCCAACACCAAUUCUUUCUCUUCUCAUCAUCAUGCAUUACUCCAAACCCGACAAAACUUCCAACGCUAGCACCAGCGGUGGCAGUUCAUCAGCUACGGGUCGCCACCCGGUUUACAAGGGAGUAAGGCGUCGGAGUAGUGGCAAAUGGGUGUCCGAAAUUAGAGAGCCGAGGAAGCCCAAUAGGAUUUGGCUCGGCACCUUUCCCACUGCCGAAAUGGCCGCUAUUGCUUACGACGUUGCGGCGCUGGCACUAAAAGGCCAAGAUGCUGAACUUAACUUUCCCAACUCGGCUGCUUCUUUGCCUGUACCGGCUUCGACUUCCCCACGUGAUAUCCAGGCGGCUGCGACCUCUGCAGCGACGGCUUUGGGUGCUGCGAACGAUGCUUUAAGAAACAAUUCAAUAGCGCCGCCUGAGAAACCUUCAAUGGCCGAUGAUUUCGUGGAUGAGGAUUUGAUCUUUGAUAUGCCUAAUGUGCUUUCCAAUAUGGCUGAGGGGAUGCUUCUUAGCCCUCCUCGCUUCGACGCCGAUCAGCCACCCGCCAAUAACGGUGGUGAUGAUGAUGAAAACCUCUGGAAAUUCCCUUAAUAAUAAAAAAUAAAAUCAAGCAAGGCAGACAAAAGAGUUGAGUUACUUUCAAGUCCUAGUUGAGACUAGUUUCGACUUGCCCUUUCCCAUAAUAAUAAUUUUCACGAUAUUAUUCAGCAUAAAAAUAAAAAGAAGGGAUCAGUAGGCACCGUUUUUGUACAGGUUUUUGUAUUUAUGGGCGUUGCUGUUUGUGUCAUGUCGCUUGUAAAUGUCUACCCGUCCGUACAAUCUAUGUAUAUGUUUAGAAAUAAUUGUUGGAAAGUUUAACCAUCUUCUACAUAUAGAUGGAGUAUGUAUAAUAUAAAUAUAAAUAUAA